UAUACAACACGUGCUACCAAGCCAAAAACAUGCAGCCGAACAGCAGUAGUUUACUGCCACCCAAACCUCGCCGGCAUUUGACGGAGAAACAUCGGCGGCAGCAAAUGAAAGGCCUUUAUCGUCACCUCGCCUCUCUCGUCCCCGCCGGUGAAAAAUCUCUGGAAAAGUCUCCGGCUUUCGAAGUGUUGGAUCAUGCCACUAACUACAUCAAACAACUGGAGAACAACGUUAAUGAGCUGAAAGCAAGAAAGGAUAGGCUACAACAAGCAAUCAUAGUAGACGUGAAUGAAAGUGAGAGAGGUGAAAGUUUGGAGAUAAAUAUAGUUUGUGGAUCGGAGAAGAAGGGGGCGAUGAAGAUGGAUAAAGUGUUUGGGAUUGUUCAAGAGGAAGGCGCAGAAGUUGUGAGUGCAACCAACUCCACUGUGGGUCUCAACAUCUACCAUACAAUUCUUUGCAAGGCAUUUUCACCCAGAAUUGGAAUGGAUACCAUUCGAAUACAAGAACGCUUGAAGAACUAUAUUUCUGACCUCAUAUGAUUUUGUAGAAUAAUGAGCAACACAAGCU